UUUCUCUCUCCUCUCUCUCUCUCCCCUUCGCUCGUUCUGGUCUCUGACAUUCCGAUGGCGGCGCCGCCACCACCACCACCGCCGGCGCCAGCGCCGGCGGAGCCCGCAGCGGGGGGGCUGGAGGCGCUGGAGGGGCUGGCGCUGGACACCGUCAUCGCCAAGGCCGGGGCGCGCCACGCCGCGGCGCUGGCCUGCGCCAGCACGCGCCUCCGCGCCGCUGCCGGGGACGACGCGCUGUGGCGCCGCUUCUGCGCCGACGACCUCGUACUCGACGCGCCGGUCGACCCCGAGGGCCGCCCGCUCCCUUCCUUCAAGGAGGCCUAUAAAGUUUGGUUGGAGUCGUUUGGUAUGUACCCUUUACCUUUGGUAAGGAGAGUGAAAUAUUUCUGGAGUUCGCUGAAGAGCUGGCUGUCUGAUAACUUCCCUGAAGCACUCAAAACUUUGAGUAAAGGUGUUUCUGAAGCUCAGAUACAAUCAGCAGAGGAUGAUCUUGGUUUCAAGCUCCCUAUGCCCACAAAACUGCUGUAUCGUUUUUGCAAUGGUCAGCUGCCCUUUAGUGAAGAUCUUUCCGAGAAUGUGCGCAUGGCUCCUCUUGGUAUUAUAGGAGGCUAUUUUGUUUAUGACCACUGCAUAAAUGUUCACUUGUCACCACUUGAGCAAAUUGUUGAGGAGACAAAAGAAUUUUAUCGUGAGUACAAUGACCGAGGUGUUUUUAAUACGAUGAAGCUUGUUGUAGUGGCAACUUCAUGGUAUAGUCCAAAAACAUUUCUCCUUAAUUGUUCAGAUGGUGAGCUCUAUGUUGGUACCAUCAAUUUACCAGAUGGACAAAUGUUGCCAUGUGUACCGAAAUCAUUGAUAAGGCCAACUAAUAAUGAUAUGCCCCAAGACGGAUUGCUUCUGUGGUUAGAAGAGCACCUUAGGCGUUUACAGAAUGGCAUGAUCAAGACCCGUAUGGUUAAGACUUCGAGGUAUAUCAGCCUGUUUCCAGAAGCACCCCCAUUAUGUACUUCAGCUAUGACAAAUGGUGUGAAGGUACGUGCAUCUGCUGUCUUUGCACCAGAGCAUCCAGAUAGUUGGCGGCCUGGGGGCAGACAUACGUAUAUGUAUACAUACUCCAUUCGCCUGUCAGUUCCAGAGGCAUGCAUGCUAGGUGGUGUGUACUAUUCCUCAUGCCAGCUCUACUCACGCCACUGGAUCAUCAGAUGGAGGGACAGGGUUAUUUCUGAUGUGAAUGGGGAGGGUGUCAUUGGGAAGUAUCCUCUACUAACUCCAGGCCAGGAAGAGUUUGUGUAUGAGAGUUGCACGCCACUGCCUGACAGUCCUGGAUCUGUGGAGGGCUCUUUCACGUUUGUUCCGGGGAAGUUGGGCCGGCCUGAAGGAAAACGUUUUGAGGUCACGGUGGCUCCAUUCCCUCUGGAAAAACAGGAGUACAUCUUCUAAGGACUGUACAUAACAUAAUAGUCUGCAAUAGUGCACCUGCAUAAAUUUAGUACCUGUUUCAUUUCAUGUAACAAGGUUGGUUUGCUUUUAAUGAUCUUGUGGACGCGGCACUUACUUUGUUAUCUCGAAGUAAAGCCCUUCUUUUUUUUUGGGGGGCGUUAAUGCGUGUUUGAUUUGUA